AUCCAGCCACAUCCUGCUCCUGAUGCCGAGCGCGCCUGUGCUGAGCGAGGGGAGGACAGCUCUGCCAGCACACAGGCGAGCUCUGCUGUCUUGCAAAUGAGCUAUUUCCAAUUCGGAGGAGCAGAGCGGCGUUUCAGAGAUGUUGUCCCGUUUCAUCUGGCUCUGCCUCCCCUACCUGGUUAACACCUUUGUAACCUCAGCAAAGCUGCCCCUCAACGCAAGCCUGGAGAAGACUUUUGUGAUCCAGAACAUCUCGGGUUUCUUUUCCUGGGAUAACGACAGCCUGGCUGAGUGGCAGAGCUUUGUGGGCAGGAGCCGGUAUGGAGCGGAGUCGCAGAGCAUCACUGUGAAAGCCCUGCUCGUCGCGGCGUACUCUGUCAUCAUUGUCUUCUCCCUCUUCGGCAAUGUCCUGGUCUGUCACGUUGUCAUCAAGACCAAGCGCAUGCACUCCGCCACCAGCUUGUUCAUUGUGAACCUGGCUGUAGCCGAUAUCAUGAUCACGCUCCUCAACACACCUUUUACACUGGUAAGGUUUGUGAACAGUACCUGGGUAUUCGGGAAGGGGAUGUGCCAUGUCAGUAGGUUUGCACAGUACUGCUCCCUCCAUGUCUCUGCAUUGACCCUCACAGCCAUUGCCGUGGACAGGCACCAGGUUAUAAUGCACCCGCUGAAACCUCGCAUAUCUACUGCAAAAGGUGUUAUUUACAUCUCUGUAAUCUGGAUCAUGGCAACUUGUUUUUCUCUACCACAUGCUAUCUACCAAAAACUCUUUACCUUUGAGUACAGUGAGGAGGUUACCCGGUGUCUGUGCCUGCCAGAUUUCCCUGAGCCUGCUGACCUCUUUUGGAAGUACCUCGACUUAACAACCUUCAUUCUGCUCUAUGUCCUGCCCCUUCUGAUCAUCUCUGCUGCCUACGUGACAGUGGCUAAGAAGCUCUGGCUGCGCAAUGUCAUUGGUGAUGUCACCACUGAGCAGUACUUUGCCCUUCGCAAGAAGAAUAAGAAGACCAUAAAGAUGCUGAUGCUUGUUGUCAUCCUCUUCGCAGUCUGCUGGUUCCCCUUGAAUUGCUAUGUCCUCCUCCUCUCCAGCCAGACCAUCCACACCAACAAUGCCCUGUACUUUGCCUUUCACUGGUUCGCAAUGAGCAGCACCUGCUACAACCCCUUCAUCUACUGCUGGCUCAAUGACAGCUUCCGAUCAGAACUCAAAGCUUUACUCAGCAUGUGCAGAAAGCCUCCCAGGCCAGCAGAACAGAGGCUUCCUUCCACAGCCCCAUCCUACCGACUGGCUUGGCCAGAAAACAGCAACCUCAAGAGGUUGCAAGCCUCCCGUGUCCUUUUGUCAGCUUCCAACAUCCAGUCAGGAAAGACAGACAUCUCUGCAGUUGAGCCAGUCGUAGCUGUGAGUUAAACAGUGAGCCUGCACAGCACGUAGAUAUGGCUAGAGCUGAAAUGAUGGGAAGAUGUGGAGCCCUGGCCUACUUAGGGAGUGUGCAACCACAGGUGAUAAAACUAAAGAGGAGGUUCUGGCAGUAUGGAAGAGCUGCAUGUUUCAUGUAGGCUGAUGAUCAUGGUGUGAAACCCCUAAAGGAGAGAAAGCAAACUCUUCCCAGGAAGGAACUCUCUUUGUCAAGCUGACUUUGGAUUGGGCUUGCAGGAUGGGAAUCUCUCCAAUGGGUGUCACUGUUAUCUGUGUGACUAAGCCUUUUUAACCACUGGGGCUGUGUGUGUGUUUUGCUGAUAUUUAACACUAAAGCAGCAGUCUAAUCAUAUCAGUCCUUCCUCCUCCUUUUCUAAGUCUCUUCAUAG